AUGGGUGAAGAAAGACGAGCAUCAAGCCGCUCCAGCCGCAGGAAUGCUGCUUUCACCCAGACUGCAGCUCUGGACACAGACACACGGGACGGCACCGCUGAGCUUCCUAGUUUUUUGGCUCCUCUGCCUUCACAUUUGGCUGAUUCUGCAUCCACAGACCAGAGGAGCAGCAAGAGGAAAAGGCGGUGCACCUCGUCUAGGAGACCGGCUAAACGCUCUCGCAGAGACUUGUACCUGAAGGGCCCGCUGCUGGGACGAGGUGGAUUUGGCUCAGUGUUUGCUGGGAUCCGCAGGUCUGAUGGACUGCCAGUGGCCAUCAAGUAUGUGUCGAAGGACCAGAGCCACGAGAGACUGAAAGUUGACGGUCGGGGUCGGCUGCUGCUGGAGGUGGCAUUGAUGACCCGCGUCAUUUCAGCUCCUGCCUGCCCCAGUGUCCUGCAGCAGCUGGACUGGUUUGACCGUCCCAGACGCUACGUCCUGAUCCUGGAGCGUCCGGCUCCUUGUCAAGAUCUCCAGAGCUUCUGUGAGAAGAACGGCUGUCUGGAUGAGCAUCUGGCCAAGAAAGUGCUGGUGCAGCUGAUCGCCGUGCUGAAACACUGCGAGACCCACGGUGUCCUUCACCUGGACGUCAAGCCAGAGAACCUGCUGAUCUCCAAAGAGUCCCAGGACAUCAAGCUGCUGGACUUUGGCUGUGAUCUGCUGAAGCGAUCGGCCUACAAAUACUUUGCAGGCACUCCUGCAUACGCUCCUCCUGAGUGGUUUUGCAGACAUCGCUACAAUGCCACUCCAGCUACAGUCUGGUCAGUAGGAGUGACGCUCUACAACAUCCUGUGUGACUGUUUCCCCUUCAGAGGCGCACGGAGGGUCACGUCCAGAAGCACACUGACCUUCUCUAGGAGCUUGUCAACAGAGUGCCGUCAGCUGAUUCGCUGGUGUCUCAGUGCAGCGCCGACUGAUAGGCCCAGCUUAGAUGAUCUUGAGUGCACUGAACAGAAGGAGAGCAGGAGUGGCAGAGGAACUGAGGAGAACAGAUCCUGA